AUGGCUCUUCGGCUGCUUUGCUACGGCAUCAGGACGAGCCGACGGACGCUCCGACGCUGCACGUCAGCUUUCUUCCGGCUGGACCCUGCCUUUUUUUGCAGGAUUCACUCAGCAUUUGCCUUCACACCGCCGACGCUCAGUCUCGUUUCUCGGAAGAUAGCCGACGCUGCGGAUGCUCCGGUUGCUGUAGUUGGCCACUCUCAUCCAUCACAGGCGCAGCAGUCGUUCACAUCGUCUUUGUCAGCUACGAUCGACUUUCUUCGGGUUCUCACCCUACUCGAGCCAGAGGACGACGUUUUUACUUUCCUACCGCCAUGUCAUCUUCGUAGCAUCGCAAGCCUUCGAGUUUCGUCAUUCCCCUAG